AUCAGAUUUUUUUUAUUGUGUCAUUAAAAUAAAAAUAUGUUAAAACUUUUUGUUUUAAUUAUUUUAAUUACUGGUCAACUAAUCAGUGCUGCCGAUGAUAAUAAAAAAGAUGCUAAAAAAUUUAGAGAUGAUGAAAUAGACAUACCAUCGACUAUACCGAAACCGGGACACAAAUCCGAGUAUGACUACUACAAACCGGAUACUAAUAAUAAUAAUGGUGUUCCCGAUAGUAGGCAAUUUGAUGUCAAACAUACCGGAGCCCCAGGAAAACCGGGACAACUAGAGCCACGUGAUGAUGUUGAACUAAAAAAUCCCGGGGACGUCAAUCCUGACGACAAACUAACUAAACCGGGAAUUAAACCAAAAUUAACCCCAAAAGUCGAUUAUGUGGACGAAAAUAAUAAUAACAAUAAUGAUAAAAAUACUGGCUAUGGUUAUGAUAGUAAAAAACCGGGCGAUAAUUAUAAUAGUGAUAAGUUUCCCGAUUUUCCUGGUUUUGAAACAAACGGAAAUAAUAAACCCGAAAAAUAUCCCGAUCUAAGCAAAAAUGAUGGCAAAAAACCGGAUAUUAUUGAUAUAAAACACGAUAAAAAACCUGAUAUUCGAAAUUUUCUACCAAAUACUUAUGGCGGCGGCGGUAAUGGUGACGAUACUAAAAAUGUGGACAAAUAUCCGGCCAAUGAACGGGUACCCGAUUUUGGUGGUAAAAUACCCGACAACGACGGUCAACAACAACAACAAGAUAAAUAUCCCGAACAUUCAAACACUAAUAAUCAUAAUAAUAAAAAUGAUGAUAAAAAACCAGACAAAACAAUCGGCAGUGGAUAUCCAUCAGCAGGCGAUAGGCCAUCGUUUGGCGGUAAUGGAGGCGGCGAUUCGGGACUAGACUCGUAUCCGGGAGGAGGAGGAGCCGGUGGUGAUGCCGGUGCUGGUGCUGGCAAUGAUGGCGGCAAUAGUAAAGACUAUAAUGAUUUUGGUAGCAAACCUGAUGCCGGUGCUGGUGGUGGUGUUGGUGAUGGUAGUAGUGGUUAUGAUAAACCAGUGGCACAUGGAGGUGGAGAGGAAGGACACAAAUUUCCGCACAAAGAUGCCAAAGCUGGCAAUAAAGUAGUGGACGAACUGUUGGAUCUGAUGAAACGGGACUACAGGACUGAGUUUGACAAACUAGCAUUAUCAGAUGUCGGACCAUUCAAACAUGGACGAUGGGGCUCAGUUACCCUAAAAAACGGUGUAGUCACUGGACUGACUAAUAUUGAACGACUGGGCAAUGCACUGGUAGUCGACGAGUUUGGUGGGAAAAAACUAAUUGUUACCGAUAUUGUUGUCCAGGAUAUCAGUGCCGACUAUAAAGUCAGUGCAAAACUAUUUCAUAGGAUAUCCAUAAAGAAUCGGGAGCUGAAACUGGCGCUCAAACGGGCAAUACUUACCGUACGAUUAGAAGCGGAUAAAACUAAUGGAAAAUUAUUGCUUAAAGAUAUUCAAUUGAAAUCCAAACAGGGAUUUGGUGUUAAAAGUGGUCGACUUGUUUGGCCAUUCAAUAAGUUAACCGAUGCUAUCGUCAAAAGUCAGGAACCGGUUGUCAAAGAGAUUGUUCAGAAAGAGUUAGCAAAUUAUAUGGGAAAAGCCAUUCAUAAUAUGAAAUUUGAAGAGUUAUUCAAACAAUUGUAUUGAAAA